UAUCCACUCAGAGUCUGUAUAUAUGAAAUGUAUGAUCCUGGGUAUAUAAUUCAAAUUUUGGCCCAAGAUUCUCAAGAUAAUCGAUGGAUUGCAUUAUGGACUAGCCAAUUUCAGUAUGCUCAUUCACGUAGGACAGGGACAUUUUACACUCCUCCGCAGUCCUUUAAAACCAAAAAGUUACGAAUAAAAUUUCUGCACUCUCUAUGGGAAUAUUUCUCAUGUCUAGACAGUGUAAUGCUUAUCGGUACAUCAAAAUUGAUCCGUCCUCAUAAUUCUAAACAGAGUGUAUUUGAAGUAUUAUCGGAAAUUUAUCAGACCUCCUGUCAUGGACACUGUCGUGCACGUGAACGUUUCGAAGAUAUAAAAUAUCUUCACAAGCAUUUUUCUGAAUAUUGUACUAUUGAUAAAAGAAAUUUGCAUUCGGAUUAUGCAGAGAUCAUAAAAGAUAUCAGAUAUCUCUUUUUAGAUGAAUCCGAGGGACAACCACGUUGCAGUUUUUCUACGCUGCCAGACAAAAUCAUACUAAAUAUAUUUCAGAGUUUAGAUAUAAAAUCGUUGUGCCGUAUGAGCACAAUGGAUAAACGUCUUAAUAAUUUAACACGAGAUGCUUCUCUGUUUAAGUGUUUUAAUGUAUUAAAUAUGCGCAAUAUGAAUGCCAUGUAUAUUGAUAAUAUUUUAUCAUACUGUACAUCCAGAUGUAGACAUAUUCAACAGUUGGAUUUUACAUCAAGCGAUAUUUCCAUUUCGAAAUUCAGAGAAUUUCUUCAAACUUGCGGUGGGCGUUUAACGCAUUUACGAUUACGUAAUUGCAAAUUUGUCGGUAGUUAUGCAUUAUUUACAAUUGCGGAAGUGUGCAACAAUUUAAAAGUAUUGGAUCUCAGUUAUUGUAAUUAUUAUGGAAAUGCAAUUUUGCAUCUCCAAAAUUUAGAAUUUUUAGAAGAGUUAAACCUUAACGGUACACAUAUAAUACCUGAAGCUCUUUGCCCAAUACUGCGAAGAAAUCGUCGAAUGCGUGACUUAAGGUUGAACCGCUUCCCGAUUGACAAUCCAUUUAUAAUAUUUGCAUUAUGUCCGUCUGUAAAUCGAGUCAACAAAAUAUAUGUCGACUCUAUUAUAAUAGAAUUGAGAAAUUCGUGCCCGGACUUGGAAAUACUAGAUAUAUCUGGCGGUACAAUUACAGAUCGAGGUAUUGAUGCUCUCGCCGAGUGUAAGAACUUACGAACGCUGGGCAUUUGGAAUAGGAUGUUAAAGUGGGAUGGUUGACAAGAAUGACUGGCGUAGAUUGUUUUCUGACUGCCAACGUUUGGAAGAAGUAAUUUUGACAUAUCCACAAUUCUUGCUCAAUGUCCUAAACUGCAGUUGCAUGCUACGUAGGGCAAAUCGAUCUUAUUGUUAGUUUGCCGGUUGAUGGACGAAGAUUCACCAGUGACCGGUAAUUAUGCAUAAAAG